CCCAAGUAUAUGCUAGACUUAUGUACAGCAUACCUAGCUAAGGCAAAUGGGCAAUGUCGCUCGAACACCAUUCCCAGCAUACAACCGUGCAUGAGGUCAACGGGGCUGCACGCAGGCCCAAGUCACAGCUCUGUAGCAGGCAGUCCCACUUGCGAACCACUCUAUCCCGUCGUAUCAUCAGACUUGCUGCUGGCAGUAACGUUAGACAAAGGUAAUUCUCACUAGCAGCUUUGGCCACACAACAUUCCUACACACAGAGGCUACGUGGCAAUGCUUCGUAUUGUUUGAAAACUUUUCUGGUAGCAUCAUACGGUCUGAGCCUCCCGUGAGCAAACCCACAACACCAACUCGUGCAAACAGUGGACGGUAAAAGCCCUUCUCAGGAACGACUCGAUGGUUUAGCAUCACUGGAGUCAAGAUUGACGCAUGCGAAAAAGUUGUCUUCCUAUUCAACACCACAGUUGGCGUAUGAAGUGAUUUCUGGGACGCCGUGGAGAAGUGGAGGUGAAUCCGCGAAUCAGUGCUUGGUUCAAAAGUCGUGGACGUGCCGGGGACUGGAGGAUCUACAACUGUAGACUACGUCACAGUGUUUCAUGUUGGAGCAGCAGCUCAACAGAAUCAAGAGUACACAUCUCGUUUGCUUGGUGCUGCCGGGGAGAUCGAAGAGUGCUGACGAAGGCAGAGAGCCCCUCCACUAAAUGGAUACGCAGGCGUGAGGAUUGCUCGCCACCUCCGCAAUGAGACGCACGCGCUGUCACCAGCACACGAUCAGCGAUCACGGUCAUGCUGGACGGUUAUGGCUGCUGCCACUGCUGCUAGUGGUGCUGUGCCACGGACCGCAGCAUGGCAACGCCCAGUGGGAGCUGCCCUCGCACCCCGUCGCCUCGUCGUCCCGGGCAGGCGAGUUGGCUGUCGCAGCGGCGGCUCAGGCCAUGCCGGCAUCGGUAUUACUAGCAGAUGACCGGCCAACAGCUGCCUCGCUCCAGCCGGGGGAGCAGGCCAUGUUCGAGUUCACGACGAGCAUCAACCAGCGUCAGUUCCACGUGACCGUGUCGCCAUGCCGAUUCGACGGCAAGCUCGACUGGCAGCUGACGCGAGGAGUGGGCACGGUGGUGUUCGAGCACACGCCGUCGCGCACGUUCACCCACCAUGCUCCGAGCAUUGCCGCGAAUUCCACAGAACCCGGCGCAGCCAGGGAUCGCACCGGCCCUGGUGCUGCACAACAGCCCGCAGAGGGGCGUCGCCGGGGACGACGGCAGCUCCCCCUGGCGAGCGACUUCAAACACCCGGUGGAGAACGGUGUGUCAAGUGGCGACGCGCAAACGGUCGCUACUAACGACCUGCCACCCAGUGAAGUGACGCACACGGCUCACGAUGCCCCGCCCGGCAAGUACCACCUGACGAUCAGCAACCGUGGUGCCGAGAUGGCGGAGUUCACCGUGCAGCUGGGUACGAGGUCGGCAUCGGCGACGCGGCCCAUACUGCCGUCGCAGGCGUCGCUCGUGCCCCGCAGCAUUCGCCCAACGCAGGUCACUCUCGAGUGGCAGAGUGUGGUGAGCAGUAGUCCGGUGGAAUAUUGCUUGGAGUACGCAAUCGGCGCACGCCUACAGCCGACGGACGUGAUGAACUCAAUCUGCGGUAUACGCCGCGUCAUGAACAGACAGUCGUCGGCAACAUCGGCGGCAGGUGCGGGUGCGUCCAAACGCACGACUCGUCAGUGCACUCGUAGCACGCAGAUCACGGUGCAGAGUCUGUUCCCUGAGAUGACGUACGUGAUGAACGUGGUGGCGCGAGACCUGGCCUCCCACACGGAGUCGCCGUAUCGUGGCGUCGUCGUGACAAUGAACACCGAGGGCCUGGCGCUGCAGGACGGCCGGGAGCUGAGCAGGUUCACGCUGUUCCCGCGCAGCAAGCAGGUGUUCACGUUCGACGUGGCCGGCCGCGUCAGCGCCAAUCAGCUGGCCACGCUGCAGCAGCGGAACACGCCGCUGCGCAUCAGCGUGGUGCCGUGCCACGGUCGCGUGAUCUGGGACGUGACCAGGGACGGGCUGCCGAGCCAGUACAUUGCGCCGCACUACUUUGACCCGAGCGCGUCACCGGACGAGAACUUGGCGUCACAACCUCGGCCACCGCAAACCGGCGGCAGCGAAGAAGAUCACGAUCAGACUUUGCUGGGAGCCCAGGCAAGCAUCAGAGCUGGUGCAGAUCGACAAAGAGGACGCUGGAGCUCGACCAGGCAUCGCCGUGACACUGAGCCGACGCUAGCGCCGGCCCGGCCGCACCACUUUAACGUCGACGGCGGUGACUUCUACCAGCGGCACGACGACGACCAUCGCGACGACGUUGUCGAGCCGGCGCCGCCGGUCAGCGCCGGUCUGGGCACGAGUACGGGCCGCACGACCUACGUGUACAGCGAUCUGGUGCGGCGCGUCGACUCCGUCUACCAGGUCUCUGUGUACAACCUGCACCCUAGCGCCGAGGCAAGCUUCAACAUACGCGCCGAGCUGCUCACCGGCAGCAAGCGGCCCGCACUGCCACCGGACCCGCAGGUACGCGUCAAGAAUGUCACCAGCUCGCAGGUGCAGGUGGACUUCCUCGACAGUGUCAAGGCAACCAGCCCGGGCGGUGCCCCGGGUGCAAAUGCCGCUAAUGGCGGCGAACCUGGUAAGAAGUUGAAGUACUGUGCAGUGGCGCAGCCCAGGACGGAGCUGAAACCGCUGAGCGUGCUGAGCAGCGAGUGCAAUAUCCGCAGCCGAAUACCGACUCCGGUGCUGGACAGCCUGUACCCACCCCUGGCGCCUGGCUAUGGACAGACCGGGGCCUAUGGCCUCGCCCCUGGGGCGAAGAACCCGGAUGGUGGGCAAAACAACCCCGGGCCUGGGAAUCCUGUGGCAGCAGGACCGUUUCCAGGCGGGCUGCCAAGCUCGGAAAUCCGUCUAGCUGGACCAGACGCAGGGCAUGGAAUAGCCGGGGGAGACCGCAGGCAACAGCUGGAUUCAGGCACCGGUUCUGCAAUCGGGGGAAGAGGAACCGGCACUGGUGGUGGAAGAACCAAUGUCGGUGGCGGAGGACCUGGUGUUGGUGGCGGAGGCCCUAGUGUUGGUGGCGGAGGACCUGGUGUUGGUGGCGGAGGACCUGGCGUUGGUGGCGGAAGAGGAGCUGGUAGUUUUGAUGGAGGUUCUGUGGUUGGCGGUGGGGAAAAAGCAGGGGUGCUGGAUCCUAAGCGGCCGCAACAGCGGUUGCCAGGCAAGGCAUCUCCGUUCGAUCAACCCGCCUCAGGCCCCGAUAGCCGACAGCAGCCUCCAAGCACAGGCAAACCUGUGGGAAGUCCUGGUAACCCAUGGCAACCAGCCAACUCUAAACAAGGCGGCACGGCGGGUGACGGCGGAAGUAAUCAUGAAGGCAUCGUCACGAGUCCUGACGCCAGCAACCCGUUCGUGGAACGAUCGCCGGGGACUCAAAACCCAUUCAGCCAGCGAAACCCAAAGAAACCAGAUUUCUUCCCGUCGAGCAUCAACGAGGUGGUGGUGCGUCCCGUGCCCAAUCCUUUCGACAGCUCUCCGUCCACGAAGUCCCAAUCGCCAUUCUCCCAAUCAUCGGCGGGCGGUGAGCAAACGGGGGGAUUUCUCUUCGGCGAAGGAGGAGGGACGCUCUCCGUUCAGAGCAUGCGGAUGACGUGCGGCGAGAGCACACGUCCGUUGCUAGGCAACCUGAGCAGCGGCACGGAGUACGCCGUCGAGGUGCUGGCGCUGGAUCCGGAGACCCUGGCAGCCGUGGCCUACACCAGCGCGCUGUUUCGCACCGACGAUGACCCCGCUGGCCACAGCAGUGGCGGCCCAAGACUCGUCCUGUUCACCACUGGUAGCUCGCUGAUCGGGAGCAUGCUGAGUGCGGCUGUUGCUACUCUGUUCACCAUUCUCGUUGUCCAGUUCGUCUAAACAACAGGGCAAACCGUGUGAAAAACCCUCCGCAGUCUUCGCUCAAAAAAAAGGUGCACCUAACCAACAAUUUAUCGAUCACCUACAUGCGAGUGUUGAGCCACUGCUCACCAUUCUUGUUGUCCAGUUUGUCUAACUCGGUAUCGACUGAACUCAAUGCCGUGCGUGGAGAAUUGUGCCAUAGCUUAGUUUUUUUAAACCUUGAAUUGGACGUAACUUUGGUUUCCCUGGCUAAACAACAGUACAGAUGUGUGAAAGGUUCUCUGCAGCCUUCGCGCCCACAAAGGUGCACCGAACCAAGUUAUCAAUCACCUAUUAAUUAAAAGAGCCCUUCUGUCCACCGUUUGACUGCUCUACGCUCUGUCUCCACGGCAUUUUGAAUUUGAGCACUCUUUGCACAUGAUUAGGUGCAUCCCUAUAAUAAUAAUGUUUCAGGCGUUCUCGGACAUUGCGUGACCUGUAAGCGUGCAAUUAUUUCCUCACUAGUUCAAAAUGGACAAUAGUUAUAAUUAUACGUGAAUUGAUGACAAUACUGUAAUAUUAUAUUGAUAGAGAUAAAUUUGUCUCCUCGUCGACUUUUUAAACACUGUAAUACGUUGAGACCGUUAACGUUAGAGCAUUGCUCACAGAUAUCUUCAAUUUGUCACAAGCAUUGAUAUAAAAGAGUUUUCCUGCUAUUUAUAACUUUUUUUCCACUGCAACCUAUAGCAAGAGAUUUAUAUCGGCAUUUCACUCGAGACAUUGCCGUGUUCAAUGAA